AUGACCGUCCACCUCCAGAUUCAUCCCUCCUCCUAUCUAUCGAAAUCCUCCUUGGCGCUGGAGAUUCCGUCUAGUGCCCUUGCGGGACGAGGCCGUCGGCAGAGGUUGAACCUCGUUCAGGAGCACGAAUCAAAGUCAACGGCCGUACUACCACAUCCAGGCGCACCGGCGUCUGCUCCUACUACUGGAUGCCAGCGGCAGAAGCACGUGUACCCUUCCGAUCAAGUCUACUUCCCUCUCACCCCCGACCACAAGCUGCUCUACGUCAUCGUCCUCAACGUCUCCCGGGCUGUCAUCACAAACUACUUCAUCCUAUGUAGCAUCACGCCUAUAGCGGCUAGCAUGUGUGACAGCCGCCGCGUCUUUGCGCUUAGCGACCUGGCCCUGGCGCCUCAGAACCUCGAUGGCACUCCUGCUAUCCCUCCGUCGUUUACUCCCACGGAGCUGCAGCAGGUAGUUCCCCACCCCGGCUGGAUCGACCUCCUUCCGUCACCUCAGCUGCGGGACAACCUCAUUUUGGCAAUAGAGGAGUUUAACGUUGAUGAAGAAGACCUGCUGGCAGAUCUGAUUGGGGACAUCUUCGAAGCCAUCGGUUGUGUGUACGACGACGAAUCAACGUCAUCGUCGAGCAGCGGGUCGGAAGAUGGCAAGGAAGUCGGUGAAAGACCACUGGGACUGACUCCAGAGCAAGAGUAUACCCUAAGGACUUACACACCCCCGUGCGCUGCCGAAACCGGCAUCCUCUCAUGGUCGGAUCCAUGGGAGAUCACCGGCUGGGAGUUUACGGAGAAGUUCAUCACAAAAUGGGGCUUCCUGCUUCAAGGGUGUCCAGAUGUGGUGGCUGCUGCCAAUAACUGGAGGGUUCUGCGAGGAGAGGAUCCUCUUGUCGUGGAGCUCUAG